UGUGUGAGGCUAGAUAACCUUGUGGCCCACGGACGAAUGAAUGAAAACGAGGCAAGGAAUAAAUUUCAACAGAUUCUUGGUGCUAUUAGCUAUUGUCAUCAAAAACGUGUAGUUCACAGAGACCUUAAAGCUGAAAACCUGCUUCUAGAUGCAGAGAUGAACAUCAAAAUAGCAGAUUUUGGAUUUAGUAACUACUUUGAACCUGGUAAAUGUCUUUCAACGUGGUGUGGAAGCCCCCCAUAUGCUGCCCCAGAACUGUUUGAAGGAAAACAAUAUGAUGGGCCAAAAGCUGAUAUUUGGAGUUUGGGGGUGGUUCUCUACGUGCUUGUCUGUGGAGCACUUCCAUUUGAUGGUAGCACGCUUCAAAGUUUACGAACUCGGGUUCUGGCUGGAAAAAUUCGUAUACCUUUUUUCAUGUCUACAGAAUGUGAGCAUCUGAUCCGGCACAUGUUAAUAGUGGAUCCACAAAAAAGGUUUACAAUACAACAAAUUAUCGAGCACAAGUGGAUGCAGCAGGGAGGUCCUUAUCCCGAGUUUGAAACAUUGAUAGAGCAGCAAAAGAUGGGAGUUUUGGAUGAAAGUGAACCAGUUAAUGAAUUAAUCAUCGAACACAUGCUUCAACUUCCUGGGGUGUCCAGUGAACAAAUUGCCAAGGUGAUAACAACGAAAUAAA